UCGAGCCUCUCUUCCCCCUCUCACUACCUUCAUAGGCUCUCCUCCUGAAACCUGCGCGAGGCUGCCACUGAAGCGCGAGGCGAUUUCCCCCCCUUCUCCCCUCGUCACUUCAGUCAACAUGGCCACUGUGGUAACCUCGACCAGAUUCACAGACGAGUAUCAGCUGUACGAGGAGCUUGGAAAGGGUGCCUUCUCAGUUGUCCGCCGAUGCGUCAAGAAGUCCACCGGCCAGGAGUAUGCUGCUAAAAUUAUUAACACAAAAAAGCUCUCAGCAAGAGAUCACCAGAAACUGGAGCGGGAGGCAAGAAUCUGUCGUCUGCUCAAACAUCCAAACAUAGUACGACUCCACGACAGCAUCUCAGAGGAAGGCUUCCAUUACCUCGUCUUUGACCUUGUCACUGGAGGAGAGCUGUUUGAGGACAUUGUUGCUAGAGAGUAUUACAGUGAGGCCGAUGCCAGCCACUGCAUCAAUCAGAUCCUGGAGAGUGUCAGUCACAUCCAUUCGCAUGACAUAGUGCACAGGGACCUCAAGCCAGAGAAUCUUCUCCUGGCCAGCAAAAUGAAGGGAGCAGCAGUGAAGCUUGCAGACUUUGGUCUAGCCAUCGAGGUGCAGGGGGACCAACAGGCAUGGUUUGGUUUUGCAGGAACUCCAGGGUAUCUUUCACCAGAGGUGUUGAGAAAAGACCCUUAUGGCAAACCAGUGGACAUAUGGGCAUGUGGUGUGAUCCUGUACAUCUUGUUGGUGGGCUACCCUCCUUUCUGGGACGAGGACCAACAUAAAUUGUACCAACAAAUCAAGGCUGGUGCUUAUGAUUUUCCCUCUCCAGAGUGGGACACAGUGACCCCUGAGGCCAAGAAUCUGAUCAAUCAGAUGUUAACAAUUAACCCUGCCAAACGGAUCACUGCCGACCAGGCGCUUAAGCAUCCCUGGGUCUGCCAACGCUCCACUGUGGCCUCCAUGAUGCACCGCCAAGAGACUGUGGAGUGUCUGCGCAAGUUUAAUGCUAGGAGAAAACUUAAAGGAGCUAUCCUCACAACGAUGCUGGUGUCCAGGAACUUUUCAGUGGGACGGCAGCAUACCAGCCCUGCCGCUACCACCAGCACGGCCGCAAUGGCACAGGAAGCAUGCAAAACCUUACUAAACAAAAAGUCUGACGGAGUGAAGGGGAACAACAGUAAUAACAGUGUAGUAAGCAGCAGCAGCACCAAAGACAGCAGCAUGUCAUCUACAGCACCAAUGGAAGCCCAGACAACUGUUGUACACAACCCAGCUGACGGCACCAAGGGCUCUACAGAGAGCUGCAAUAACACAGAAGAGGAGGAGAUGAAAGGUAGGAAAGUGGCUGCCUGUGAGUCUACCAGCAGCGACAGUGCUGUGGUAAACCUGUGCAGCACUGGUGAGGAGCAGACCCAGACCCUGUCUCCUCACAGCAUACCAGCCACCUCUCGUCCCCUGCAGGAGGCUGCUAUCAGCCCUGCUGUCCCUCAGACCAGUCCUCCUCAGAGCUCCUGUCCUGAACCAGAGUCUGUUGUGUCGCCGCCUGCAGGCAGCUGCAGCAAACUGCAGCAGACUCGUAAACAGGAGAUCAUAAAGAUGACAGAGCAGCUGAUUGAAGCCAUUAACAAUGGGGACUUUGAGGCUUACACGAGAAUCUGUGAUCCUGGGCUGACAUCUUUUGAGCCAGAAGCUCUUGGAAACCUGGUGGAGGGCAUGGACUUCCACAAGUUCUACUUUGAAAACUUACUGAGUAAAAACAGUAAGCCUGUGCACACCACCAUCCUCAACCCUCAUGUCCAUCUGAUCGGAGAGGAGGCCGCCUGCAUCGCCUACAUCCGCCUGACACAGUACAUUGACAGCCAGGGCCGGCCACGCUCCUGCCAGUCAGAGGAGACGCGUGUGUGGCAUCGCAGGGAUGCUAAAUGGCUCAAUGUGCACUUCCACUGCUCAGGAGCACCGGCUGCACCCCUGCAGUGAACCGAAAACCAGGCCCGGCUUUGCCUGAACUCUAAAGCUGUUUGGAGCAUUUAUUCUCCGUGGUCGGAUUGGUGCCUGAAUCCUGGCUGGGAAGAGGCUGCUUGAAAACAACACAAAAGAGGGGAAAACAUAUUAUAAAUUAAAAAAAAAAAGAUAAACAGACUUUAAAAAAAGAAGCCUAUUUCAAAAGCUUGACUGAGUGAGGGACCACAGCGACCGACACUGAUCCAGUCUGAACCCUGGCUAGAGGAGGGUGGGGCCCGGCUGAUGUCAGCCCCUUUCUUGCUGAAGGUGCAUGUUUCUGGGGUGACACAGGGGUGAUGCUGUCCUAGUUCUUGUCUCCCAUGGCCUUUAUUUCCCUGUCUCUGUUUUGUCUGCUGUCUGGAAAAGUAUUAACUUGUUUAAGAAAAAAUAUAUAUAUAACAGAAAAAAAUACUCUGACACACACAGUCAAUGAGAAUGGAGCGGCAAGUCAAACACAUGGAAGUGUGAUUUUUUUUUUUUUCUGUUUUUGUUUUGUUCAUUUAAGCAGGAAGUCUACUUAAAAGUAUUGUUCAUUUUAUAGUUGCAGAUUUAUUUGCGUGGGUUGGGAGCAACUUCUAUUUACUUACUAUCAUAAUUUAACAGCCAUUUUUGUGUCUGGUUUGAGCAUAUGCACACAAUGUUUCAAAGGGGUUUAGACGUUGUGAUACAUUACUGAAGGGACCUUUAUUUUUACUUUUCUUUUUGUAUGAUGUGUUAUUAAGUUUUUAUCUCUUGAAUAAUGUAUUUUAAAUAACUUUGUGUUGAAAAAAGAUCAUUUUUAAUCUACCGGGGACUUUAUUUAAUAGAACUGUGUAUAAACAGAUAUUUAUAGAGGUGAAAAGGGGAAAACGGGUUACUUUUAGGGGGCUGGGAGGGGGAUUCAAGCAUGAGAGUUACUGUUUUUGUUUUGCUUUGUUGUCUUGAGAUGUAAAUACACACAGAGACAUAUUCACACAGACACAUAUAAAUAGUCAAGGGCCCUGUGCUCCAUCCUCUGUCCAAGGUUGAGCCUCUUUGGACACAACAUGAGGCCAGCUCAUCCUGAAGUUGCAGAAGCCCUUUAUCUGUCCACUGGGCAGUGUUUAAAGUCAGACACCAGAGGGCGCCAAAGCUCUUCAUAUCUUAAAACUACCUAAUCUGAAAGCACGGACACGCCCACACCAACAUUUUAAGACUUGUUCAAUCCGUUUUGUGUGUUUUUGUGGUGAAGCAUGAAUAAUCCAAUCUUCUAAUGGCUGUACUGUUUCUGCACAGACACUUAAGACUCAGUGCUGUUGUGUUUGCCCUUCUGUAGGAGCAAAACUUUUUGCAACUUCAGGAUAAGUGAGCCUAGAUCCUUCCCUUCCUCACUACCUCUGUCCCUUAACUUCCAUCAUUCCUGCCUCCUUGUUGAAGUCUUUGUAGCACCCUGUCGUGUGAUGAUGAUGAUGAUGAUGAUGUCACCUUUAUGCCUGUCUCUUGUUCUGGUCAUGUUCUUAAAGUUUGUAUGUCGUCCGUCUUGGCUUGCUGUGUGACGUCCUGGCACUAUUUAAAAAAACAGCAUGUUUAAAAGGGAAUGCAGCCGAAUGAUUGGACUGAAAAAACAUGGCAUGGUGGGAAUUGGGCUUUACUUGCUAAAGGGCUGUGGGACCAUCGCUGAUGGCAAUCAAAGGAUUCUAUCCCCUUUUGUCAUGGUUUUUUGUUGUAAAUGUCGUAGCUGUUAGUGUUUUGAUGUUGAUAUUUUUAUCACUUUUUUAAGCCAGAACUGUUAAAAUGAGGCACUAAAAUGAAAGGAGGCUGAAACUGCCACAACACUUUUUUUAGUGUACCCGUACAAAAUGAGCUGCACACAUCGGGGCUAAAAGAAGAAAACACCCAGCACUCCAGUGGCUGAUCUUAUUGGAUUCACAGCACUGUAAAAGCACAUAAAGAUUCUCCCUUUAAAGAGGACAAACAUAUCUGUGUGUCAGUGCACUGUUUUUUCACUGUGUCGUGUAAACGUUGUGAGUGUGUGACUUGUACCAGUGGAGCAGUGAGGCUUGUUGUAUGUCCUGUGUGCUAUGCUGCUCCAUAGUGACUCCUGUUAAAACCAGGACGAGGCGUUGAAUCAUCUGACACCGUCAUCUUUGUGCGUACACUGACGCAGUCGAUCCAGGUUUUAAAAACUCAUUGUGAAUCAUAUGUGAGACCUACCCUCCUGUUUCAGUUGCCUGUGCUUUUGUGACAUAUCCAACAUGCCAUCAAAACUGUGCCCCCUUCACCACCAUGAUGAUGAUGAUGAUGAUGAAGAGGCAUUGAAACCAGAGCUGAAAAUA